UCUUUGACGUUCUAUUUCUUCUUAAUUUUCUUCUGAUUAAAGAGCAAUCUCUUAGAAAUAAUGGCUGCAAGGGAAGAGGGACCUGCAAUCGGAAUUGAUCUAGGGACUACAUACUCAUGCGUGGCUAUGUGGAAGAAUGACAGAGUGGAGAUCAUAGCCAAUGAUCAAGGCAACAGGACGACGCCGUCUUAUGUGGCGUUUACUGACAAGGAACGAUUAAUUGGCGACGCUGCAAAGAACCAGGUUGACGUGAACCCCAAGAACACCGUUUAUGAUGCAAAGAGGUUGAUCGGUAGAAGAUUCAACGAUGAAUCAGUCCAGAGAGAUAUGAAGUUAUGGCCUUUCAAGGUCGUUGAUGGAGAUGGUGGAAAGCCAAUGAUUGUGAUCAAAAGCAAGGGGGAAGAGAAGCAGUUGGCUCCUGAAUUAGUUUCUUCCAUGAUACUUUCCAAAAUGCGUCAGAUUGCCGAAGAUUUUCAUGGUUCAACGGUGAAGAAUGCAGUUAUCACUGUUCCUGCCUAUUUCAAUGACUCCCAGCGUCAAGCCACCAAGGAUGCUGGUGAAAUUGCUGGACUAAAUGUUAUGAAAAUCAUCAAUGAACCCACCGCUGCAGCCAUUGCUUAUGGUCUCGACAAGAAGAAUUCCGGUGCCGGUGAAAGAAAUGUUUUGAUUUUCGAUUUAGGGCGGGGUACUUUUGAUGUGUCUUUGCUUACCAUUGAUAAAGAUACCUUUCAAGUGACCAUUGCUGGAGACACCCAUCUCGGUGGUGAGGAUUUUGAUAACAACCUGGUAGAUCACUUGUUAAGGAGUUCAGGCAGAAGUAUGAAAGACGUCAGUCAAAAACCUAGAGCUCUCCAGAGACUGAGAUCUGCGUGCGAGAGGGCCAAGAGGACUCUUUCGUUCACCUCUCAAACUUCAAUUCAUGUUGAUUAUUUGGUUCAGGGAAUUGAUUUCCAUUCAAUUAUUAGUCGUACCAAAUUCGAGGAGCUCAACAUGGAUCUCUUCAGCAAGUGUAUUACACAGGUUGAGAAUUGUUUGAGGGAUGCUAAGAUGGACAAGAAUAGUGUCCAUGAUAUAGCUGUUGGCGGUUCAACCAGGAUUCCGAAAGUGCAGCAGCUAUAAGACUUCUUCAAUGGAAAAAACCUUUGUAAAAACAUUAACCCAGAUGAAUCUGUGGCUUACGGUGCUGCAAUUCAGGCUGCCCUAUUGAGUGGUCAGGGUAAUGAGACUAUGCAGGGACUCGUCCUCACGGACGUUACCCCUCUUUCUCUUGGAAUUGAAGUUGGUGAGGGACCAGCGAUCGGAAUUGAUCUAGGGACUACAUACUCUUGCGUGGCAGUAUGGAAGAAUGAUAGAGUUGAGAUCAUAACCAAUGAGCAAGGCAACAGGACGACGCCGUCUUGUGUGGCCUUUACUGAUAAGGAACGUUUUAUCGGUGAGCCUGUAAAGAACCAAGUUUACAUGAAUCCUUGUAACACCGUUUACGAUGCAAAAAGGUUGAUUGGAAGAAGAUUCGAAGAUGAGUCAGUCCAGGGAGAUAUGCAGUUAUGGCCUUUCAAGGUCGGAAAGCCAAUGAUUCUAAUUAACAACGAAGGUGAAGAGAAGCGGUUGGCUCCUGAGUUUGUCUCUUCUAUGGCACUUUCCAAGAUGCGGCAGGUUGCCGAAGAUUAUCAUGGUACAACGGUAAAGAAUGCAGUUAUCGCUGUUCCUGCUUAUUUCAAUAACUCCCAACGUCAAGCCACCAAGGUUGCUGGUGAAAUUGCUGGACUAAAUGUUAUGAAAAUCAUCAAUGAACCCACUGCUGCAGCCAUUGCUUAUGGUCUCGACAAGAAGGACUCCAGUUAUGGGGAAAGAAAUAUAUUGAUUUUUGAUCUUGGUGGUGGUACUUUUGAUGUGUCUUUGCUUACCAUUGAUAAUGAUAUCUUUAAAGUGAAGGCAACCGCUGGAGACACCCAUCUUGGUGGUGCAGAUUUUGAUAACAACAUGGUAAAUCACUUUGCAAAGGAGUUUAAGCGAAAGUACAAACAAGAUAUUAGUGGAAAUCCUCGAGCUCUUCAAAGAUUGAGAACUGCUUGUGAGAGGGCGAAGAGGACUCUUGCAUUCAUGACUGAGACUACUAUUCAGAUUGAUUGUUUCUUUAAUGGUAUUGACUUCUAUUCAAAUAUUAGUCGCGCCAAAUUUGAGGAGCUCAAUAUGGAUCUCUUCAGGAAGUGUCUAGAGCCGGUUGAGAAAUGUUUGAAUGAUGCUGAGAUGAAUAAAAUGAGUGUCCAUGAUGUAGUCCUUGUUGGUGAUUCUACAAGGAUUCCGAAAGUGCAGCAGCUAUUGCAAGAUUUUUUCAAUGGAAAGACACUUUGCAAGGACAUUAACGCAGAUGAGGCAGUUGCCUACGGUGCUGCUAUUCAGGCUCUUUUAUUAAGCGGUCAGUGUAAUGAGAAGGUGAAGGAUCUUACUCUCUUGGACGUUAUCCCUCUAUCCCUUGGCAUAGAAGUCGAGGGUGGCUAUAUGUCUGUUAUGAUCCCUAGAAACACCGCAAUUCCCACUAAGAUAGAAAAGAUAUACUUCAACUCCUGUGACAACCAAACUACCAUGGAGAUUGACGUUUAUGAGGUUGAGAGACCAAGAACUAGAGAUAACAACUUGUUGGGCAGUUUCAAUUUAUAUGGCAUACCUCCAGCUCCCAAAGGGGAUUCUAAGGUGAAUGUCUGCUUUGAUAUUGAUGCUAAUGGAAUCUUGAAUGUCUCAGCUGAGGAUAAAAUCACUGGCCAGCUAUAUAUACUGAGCCCGUCACUUAAACAGAAUUACACAGCCAUUCAGAAAUACAAAUUUCUUCGACGUUCUAUUUUCUUCUUAAUUUUCUUCACAUUAAAGAGCAAUCUCUUAGAAAUAAUGGCUGCAAAGGAAGAGGGACCUGCAAUCGGAAUUGAUCUAGGGACUACAUACUCAUGCGUGGCUAUGUGGAAGAAUGACAGAGUGGAGAUCAUAGCCAAUGAUCAAGGCAACAGGACGACGCCGUCUUAUGUGGCGUUUACUGACAAGGAGCGAUUUAUUGGCGACGCUGCAAAGAACCAGGUUGACGUGAACCCCAAGAACACCGUUUAUGAUGCAAAGAGGUUGAUCGGUAGAAGAUUCAAUGAUGAAUCAGUCCAGAGAGAUAUGAAGUUAUGGCCUUUCAAGGUCGUUGAUGGAGAUGGUGGAAAGCCAAUGAUUGUGAUCAAAAGCAAGGGGGAAGAGAAGCAGUUGGCUCCUGAAUUAGUUUCUUCCAUGAUACUUUCCAAAAUGCGUCAGAUUGCCGAAGAUUUUCAUGGUUCAACGGUGAAGAAUGCAGUUAUCACGGUUCCUGCCUAUUUCAAUGACUCCCAGCGUCAAGCCACCAAGGAUGCUGGUGAAAUUGCUGGACUAAAUGUUAUGAAAAUCAUCAAUGAACCCACCGCUGCAGCCAUUGCUUAUGGUCUCGACAAGAAGAAUUCCGGUGCCGGUGAAAGAAAUGUUUUGAUUUUCGAUCUUAGGGGCGGUACUUUUGAUGUGUCUUUGCUUACCAUUGAUAAAGAUACCUUUCAAGUGAAGGCCAUUGCUGGAGACACCCAUCUCGGUGGUGAGGAUUUUGAUAACAACCUGGUAGAUCACUUUGUUAAGGAGUUCAGGCAGAAGUAUAAGAAAGACGUCAGUCAAAAACCUAGAGCUCUCCAGAGACUGAGAUCUGCGUGCGAGAGGGCCAAGAGGACUCUUUCAUUCACUUCUCAAACUUCAAUUCAUGUUGAUUAUUUGGUUCAGGGAAUUGAUUUCCAUUCAAAUAUUAGACGUACCAAAUUCGAGGAGCUCAACAUGGAUCUCUUCAGCAAGUGUAUUACACAGGUUGAGAAUUGUUUGAGGGAUGCUAAGAUGGACAAGAAUAGUGUCCAUGAUAUAGUCCUUGUUGGUGGUUCAACCAGGAUUCCGAAAGUGCAGCAGCUAUUGAAAGACUUCUUCAAUGGAAAAAACCUUUGUAAAAACAUUAACCCAGAUGAAUCUGUUGCUUACGGUGCUGCAAUUCAGGCUGCCCUAUUGAGUGGUCAGGGUAAUGAGACUAUGCAGGGACUCGUCCUCACGGACGUUACCCCUCUUUCUCUUGGAAUUGAAGUUGGUGGUUGUAUCAUGUCUGUUUUAAUCCCAAGGAACACUGCAAUCCCCACAAAGAAAGAAGAUGUGUUCACAACCUGCGCAGAUUUUCAAUCUGUUGUCAGUAUCGACGUUUAUGAGGGUGAGAGAGCAAAAACUGAGGAUAACCAUUUUUUGGGAAGAGUCAGUCUCUUCGGUAUUCUACCCGCUCCAAGGGGUUUUCCUCAGAUCAAUGUCUGCUUUGAAAUUGAUGAAAAUGGAAUCCUGAAUGUCUCAGCUGAGGACAAGACCACUGGCAUGACGAACAAGAUCACAAUCACCAAUGACAAGGGAAGGAUGUCUAGGGAUGAAAUAGAGAAGAUGGUUAAGGAGGCAGAGAAGUACGAGGCUGAAGAUAAAGAGUAUAAAAAGAAAGUUGAGGCCAAGCUUUCUCUGGAGGGUUAUGUCUGCCAAAUGAGGCACAUUGUCAAGUCUGAGAUGAUAGCAUCUAAGCUCCCUGCUGGUAAGAAGAAGAAGAUUUUGGGUGAUAUUAAUCGUGUCAUUCAGUGGCUUAAUGGAAGCGAUGAAGUUGUUGAGGCAAACAUUUACGAGGACAAGAAGAAUGAGCUUGAAAUAAUUUGCCGCCCGGUUUUUGAAAUUCUUUCGGAAAACGAUGGUGACGUUGAAGUUGGCAUUGAUGAUGAAGCUUUCCUGAGUUAUGCCAUGGGUGGUGUCAAGAUUGAGGAUGUUGACUAAGCUUUUUCUAAGUGUUUUCAAUGUGCUAGGCAGAAGCGUAUCUGCGUACUCAUGUUUCAUGGUUACGUUGAUUAGAACAUAUGAUUGUAUUUUUCUUUCCUUUAUAAUUUCUGUAAGUAUCUUUUUAUGAAUAG